CUAACAAUCAUAUUUCAACAAAACGUUGCUAAGUUAACAGCGAAACACUGACUAAGAGCUGCUCACGACUCGUGCGUUACGACAGCCAAAUUCAACAAUCCUCGUGUUUGUCGCCUGGCCGCAAGGACACAUAUCUCAUCCAGAAGCACGCAGUGGAUACAAUGUCGUCUAGAAGUGAAGACGGCCAAGUUGCGGCCAGCACCGAACCACUACGACAACUGCACAAUCCCGACGAAAUCCUCCGACAUGCUCGCGAAAAGAACCUCGUUUACAAGACCUACGCCAACAACAAUGCCUUAAAGCUCGCGCGGCUACCUACGGUCGGACUGUCGAGGAUUCAGUUCGGUGAUGGCGAGUUCAUGCGAUGUGUUCAUUCCCUUCAGAUGGUCCUGGAACCCGAACCUCAGUCGGACCCGCUUCCCGACCUAGGCGAGCCCGUACAGCUCACGCGCACGCUGACCCGCACGCUAAGCCGCGGCGUAGAGCCGAGACACAGCGGCGGCGCUAGCAGCAGCAUCAGUCGGCGGCUGUUGCGUUACGAAAUGGAUGGUGGACCCCCGAGCCCACCUCAGCUUAACAGCGAUGAAGAGGACAACGCCGAAGAGAACCCUUACGCCGAUGACACAUGGGUGCGGAAGCUCCUGGCAACGAUCGCCGGCAGCGUUGGUGCGGAUUCAGACGAUGACGAUGAAACCGACACCGCGCCUGAGCCUGCGACUGAAAGCAGUGCCGAUAGUCUGCCUCUGCACCGCUCACCCUCCUCGGUUGUCGCACCCAAGCGCGCCUCCAUCGGCAUUUCCGAGCAGCCGUCCGUGGGAUCCGAGUACGGCAACAACGGCAACAACAACAGUAACAGUGCCCUGGUUAAGCUUUACAGUUUUACC